AUGAAGGGUGGCGGGAUCGAGAACCCGGGGUUUGAGCCACCCAGCCCCGACCUUGGCCGUCAGCACCAGGUGGGCCCUGCCGGGGCAGGUGCCGGCGUCCCUGCUGAGACUGAGGAGGGACCUUGCGGUUGGGGUCGCUGUACCCCUAAGGCUCUGCAGCUCUGCAACAACCCUGAGGGCUACCUGGCUGCCUACAGCCUCCUGGCUGUCUUCCAAGGCAUUGUGGUAAAUGGACUGAUUAACAUUAGUAUUUCAACAAUUGAGAAGCGUUAUGAGUUGAGCAGUUCCCUCACUGGUGUAAUCUCUGCAAGCUAUGACAUUGCAUUUUGCGUAUUGUCACUGUUUGUAUCUUUCUUUGGAGAAAGAGGCCAUAAACCACGAUGUCUUGCUUUCUCAGCAUUUAUGCUAGGGUUGGGCUCACUUGUAUUCUCCUUACCACACUUCAGUAGUGGAAAAUACCACUAUGGAGCUAAACUUGAAGACACGUGUCAAAUUCCAGGAACAAGCUCUGCUAACUUCACUUGCAAUGCCACCUCAAAGUCUUCACUUCCCAACUAUCUGUAUGUCUUUAUCCUGGGACAGCUGCUACUGGGAGUUGGAGGAACUCCUCUAUAUACUCUGGGGACAGCUUUUAUUGAUGAUAGUGUCCCAAAACACAAGUCUUCCAUUUAUAUAGGAAUUGGUUAUGCCAUGUCACUGCUGGGUCCUGCUAUUGGCUAUGUCUUAGGAGGGCAGCUACUUAAUAUUUAUAUUGAUAUUGAGAUCCCAGAAAGUACAAAGAUGGAUCAAGAUGACCCACGCUGGCUUGGAGCAUGGUGGAUAGCAUUUCUUGCAUGCUUUUUCUCAAUUUGGCUUCUUAUAAUACCUUUUUCCUGCUUUCCGAAACACCUACCAGGAACAGCAAAAAUCCAGGCUGAAAAAAUCUCUGAAACCCAUAAUGACGGAAGUGAAGUGCUUGUUGAGACCAAGAAUAUUGGAAAAAGUUUUAAAGACUUUCCCGUUGCUCUCCAGAUAUUGUUGAAGAAUCCAGUGCUUAUGAGUCUAAUAAUAGCCAGUUCUUCAGAAGCUUUAGUUGCCACUGGCUUUGCAACAUUUCUACCAAAGUUUAUAGAAAAUCAGUUUGGAAAGACAUCAAGUUUUUCAGCAACUCUUGGAGGGCUUGUAUUAAUUCCAGCAGCAGCACUAGGCCAAAUCAUAAGUGGCAUCUUGGUUUCCAAGUGCAAAAUGGAUUGCAGAAGCAUAAUCAAAUUCAUAAUAGGCACUUGUUCAGUGGCCUUGCUAUUACACACAGUGUUUUUAUUUGCUAAAUGUGGGAAUGAACCUUUCGCAGGUGUUUCUGAAACAUACAAUGGAACAGGCAUGUUAUAUAACUUAACAGCGCCAUGCAAUGCUAACUGCAGAUGUUUGCGUUCUAUAUACUACCCAGUUUGUGGCAGAGACGAAGUCCAGUACUUUUCUCCCUGUUUUGCAGGAUGUUCAUCACAUCAUUUUAACAACGUGAAAAAGGCAUACCGCAACUGUUCCUGUAUUGGGAAACCAAAAAGAGAAAAUGAUUCAGAAGGACUUUUCUAUGAAGCUAUCCCUGGGAAAUGUCCAACACGAUGUACAUUUUUACCUUCAUUCUUGACCUUCUUCUUUUUUGCUAUUGUUUUUACUUUUAUGGCUGUUACUCCAACAACUGUGGCCAUUCUCAGGUGUGUGCCAGCUAAACAGCGCUCAUUUGCUCUUGGAGUACAGUCAGUGUUUCUACGACUACUCG